AUGUUUGGUUCUGACGAUUUUCCGGACGAUAGCUCUGAGUGGGUUGAAUUAUCUGCUCAUUUUAUGGGCACUGGGUGUGAUUCACCACGUAGUCAAAAUCCAGGAGUAGUGAUGCAUUCCACAGAUCUUUCAAUGCUUUGUUCCGCUCUUGAAGAACACUUGAAAUCUGCUACUCCUGGAGUUCUUCCUGAAAUUGUCAGAAGUCCUGAUUUCACUCAAGAAUUAUGUGCCGGUCAGUUUGGCGAGUGGCCAAGUCGUCCAAAUAUGUCAGGACCAUGUUCAUUAUUGCAAUCAACUGGAGCAAAUUCUUUUGGACCUGCAUCAUCUGCUGAUGCAACUCCCCCUAAUUCUCUUGAAGGAUCUUAUAUUGGUGUAGUUCAAUGUUCGCUAAAUGAUACCGCAACCAACAGGCCAUGGCGUCUGCGACACUCGUCGUUUUUCCAAUGGCAUUUCGUCGGCUGGCUUCUUCGGAACUUUCCCUCUCUCUUUCGUCAUUUUGCCUCCUUUCUUUUGGGUGCCACUGCGUAA